GAGGAGGGCAAAAUACCUUUGUCCUUAACAAGCUCUUAUUCUAGUAAGAGAGAUAGCCCAAGGGCAAAAUACCAUUUGCCAUAUCGCGAUUUAUCUGCACCCGCCAGCCGCCGCCGCCGCCUCUCUUAUCGCAACAGUUCAUAUUUGCGAACGUGGCCCCUGCUUUGCGUUCUCCAAACCGUACCAGCAGCGUGCCCUGAUCGCCGCCGCUUGGAGUCCUGAUCUGGUCCUCGUUCGUCGCGCAGGGACUUAGGAAAUCCAAGUAACGGAUAGUUCCCACCGGCAGACCGAGCCGCGCCUCCAUUCUUGUACGAAACCAUGGCUCGCAAAAAGGCAACCGUGGAGCAGCUCCGGACGCUGAACAAGGUUCGUGAAUUCAAGCGAAGGAGAAACAUGCACAAGGCAGCAGGAGCAGGACCGGGCAACAAGGGAGAAAAUGUUUGUGCAAUUUGUGACGAUGGUGGUAAUCUAACUUGCUGCGAAGGUUGUUGUCAGAGGUCUUUCCACCUUGAUAACGAACAUAAUUGCAUCAAGACACUUGGGCUGACUAUACAAGAGGCAAAGAACAUAAUCGAGAAGGAAGAUUUUAUAUGCAAGAACUGCCAGUACAAGCAACAUCAGUGUUUCAUUUGUGGAUCGUUAGGGUCUUCUGAUGACACUGACACAUCGUCACAGCAGGUAUUCCAAUGUGAGCAUGACGAUUGUGCACGCUUUUACCACCCAAAAUGUGUUGCUCAAAUGCUAUAUCCAGAUAGCCAAGAACUGUUCGAGCUCCACGUGGCUGCCGGAGAGAGCUUCACUUGUCCUAUGCAUGAAUGUAUUGUGUGCAAGGAAGUAGAUAAUAAGAAAGAUAAGAGUAUGCAGUUUGCAGUAUGCAGACGCUGCCCAACUGUUUACCACCGGAAGUGCUUGCCAAGAGAUAUCAUUUUCAAACCGAAGAAAGGUCGCAGGGGUCCCAUGCGAAGGGCGUGGAAGAACAUGCUUCCCGAUCGAAUUCUGAUAUUCUGCAUGAAGCAUGAGAUCGUAAGAGAACUACAAACUCCUGCAAGGAAUCAUAUCGUUUUUCCUGAAUCCAAUGUGCUGAAAACGUUUCAAGCUCUUUAUGCUCAAAGAGAGGCGCCUGACCACUCGUCAUCGAAGCAAACCCACUCGUCCCCUCCACCGGCUGCAAGAGACCAGAAUCAGUGCUACUGUUCUAGCCCUUUAUGCUCAUUUGCUCCAAGUUCCGUGUUCAUGCGUCCGCAUCCAGGCUCCUCUGGUUGGCUCGAUGACUGACUAACUAAUUAACUAUACGGCCCAUCUGUCCCCUGUAGAGAGAAACCACCUGUUACAAGUCCUUUUGCAAAUAAUUGGAUGUAGACAAGCUAGUGUUAGCCAAACGACAAAAUCCUAUUUUUUUUUAAUAUAACCUGAUUUUUUUAUUGUUACA